CACACUUUCACAGCACCUGUUCAGGAUGUAUUACCAGUUCUGGGUUGGGAUGAAAUUGGAGCAGAACCAGUUCUUUGGAAUGUAAAGGUGGUACAGAAUUAAAAUAAAAUAAAAUUACCUGAAUUAGGGGGAAGAAAGCCUGCAAUACCAGAAAAAAUAUGUCACACACCCAAUCUCUUACACACACAUUAAGUAUCUGAAGAAGUGUACAUGCACACAAAAGCUCAUGCCAAUAACAAACUUAGUUGGUCUCUAAGGUGCUACUGGAAGGCAUUUUUUUAUUUUGUUUCGACUAUGGUAGAACAGCACGGCUACCUGCCUGUAACACAUAUUAAGGAGAUCCCAAAGGAAAUUUGUGGGAGAGUGGGCUUCUCCCUCACCAGCCAUGGCGCCACACACAAUAUGUGUAUGUUUAGAGGGAAAGCACUUUCAAAUUAAACACACUUUGAAGGUAUGACAAAUUGCAGAUAUAAUCCAGUUAUGCAGGAAAACAGUAAUAGUACUGAGCAGCUGGUUUCAAAGUGAAAUAAAUGUUCAUAAAUGAUGUCUGAGAAGUCUUGAAAAAGAAGAGGGAGAAAUGGCAGUUCUGCUGUAUCUUGGGGUAUAUGCAUCAUGAAUACGAAAGAAGUUCCAGAGAAGGAAUGUGUAUGCGAGCCAAGUUGCAAUUCUGACAUGGCUACAGUAAAUAAUGUCUUACGCACUGUUAGGCAAUCCUCUGUUUAGGGCAUUAUGUGUCCCUCCAAUCAGUUUCAUCCAUCGUACAAGACCCUGCCAAAUUUUGCAAGUAUGCGUAAGUUAAAAAAAUAUAAGAUAAUAUAAGAACAAUGCCCCUGUCUGGUCAACAUACCAAAUGUGUAACAAGCAGGAAUAGGAGAUGAUCACAAUUUCCAUACCAUCUGCAUGUGUGUCUUUAGUAUAAGUGAGAAAGGAAUGCAACACCUGGUGGGUGGCAAAAGGCAUAUCUGACUAACAGGAUUCACCACAUAAUGUAUUUUAAUAGUUUGAAAGAACUCUGCAAAUAUUACUUUGUCUCUUCUCUUCCUCCAUUUACUUUUUAGCUCAUUUAUGGCUCUGCUCCAGUGAUGAAUGAUAAAAGCCCAGGGCUUCUCUUCUACCAGAUGGCAGCUACAGAAGCCCUUCAGUAUGAGGGAAUUCUCUCUUUGCUUCUGCAUUUCAGGUGGACGUGGAUUGGAAUUAUUGCAACAGACAAUGACAAUGGAGAAAGAUUUGUGCAAACCAUUUCCCCAAUGUUUACCAAGAGUGGUGUCUGCUUUGCAUUCCUAGAAAGAAUCCCCAGUUUUAGUUUUAUUUCUGAAAUUCCUGGAAUGCUAACACAGGGGGCAACAAUAAACGAGAAAAUUUUUAGCAGCAAAGCUAACGUAGUGGUUGCCUCUGGAGAAUCUUACUCCAUGACAACUUUUAGGUUGCUUUCAUACUUUUCAGAAAAUGAUGACAUGACAAAGAAAGUAAAAAGUAAAGUAUGGAUAAUAACAGCCCAGGUUGAGUUUGCUUCAUUUGUCUUUCAAAGGUAUUGGGAUGCAGGAAUAUUCAAUGGUGCUAUAUCCUUUGAAAUUCACUUCAGAAACCCACCAGGAUUUCAUCAGUAUGUUGUGCACAGAAACCCUUCCAGCACAGAUGGGGACAGUUUUAUCAGGGACUUCUGGCAACAGGCCUUUGAAUGUGUACUCCCAGAUAUCACUUCAGACAAGGUGGAGGGGAAUAUUUGCACCAGAGAAGAGAAGCUGGAAAGCCUUCCCGGAUCACUUUUUGAAAUGAGCAUGACAGGUCACAGUUAUAGCAUCCACAGUGCUGUCUACGCCAUGGCCCAUGCCUUACAUGCCAUGUCCACUCUCAGAUUCAGACAUAGAAGAAUGCCAUACAAAGAGAGAGGGAAGAAUCUGAAUCAACAGAUUUGGCAGCUCCAUCACUUUCUGAGAAGCAUCUCAUUUAACAAUACUGCAGGAGAUGUGGUCUUCAUCAACCAGAAUGGAGAGGCAGCAUCUAGCUUGGAUAUUGUCAAUUGGAUUAUAUUCGCCAACCAAAGUUUGCACAGAGUGAGAGUUGGGAGGAUAGAUCCGCAGGCUCCUUCAGACCAAUCAUUACUCCUUGAUGAAGAUGCCAUCACAUGGCACAGUUGGUUUAACCAGAUUCAGCCUCUUUCUGUCUGUACUGAGAGCUGUCUUCCAGGAUCCAGCAAGAAAGUGGAGGAGGGACAGCCACCUUGCUGCUACAAUUGCAUCCCAUGUCCAGAGGGGAAGAUUGCAAACCAGGAGGAUAUGAAUGACUGUGAUAAAUGCCCAGACAAAGACUAUCCGAGCAAGAACCGGGAUGCAUGUCUACCCAAGGAUAUCAGCUUCUUGUCUUACGAAGAACCUUUGGGCAUCAGUUUAGCCUGCUGCUCUCUUUCCCUUUCCCUGAUCACAGCUCUGGUACUAGGUACAUUUAUGAAACACCAUGACACACCCAUUGUCAUUGCAAACAACCGAAACCUCACCUACACUCUCCUCAUCUCUCUCCUGCUCUGCGUCCUGUGUGCAUUGCUCUUCAUUGGCCGACCUGAGAAGGUGACAUGCCUCCUCCGACAAACAGCUUUUGGCAUCAUCUUCUCAACUGCUGUUUCUUGUGUCCUGGCAAAAACCUUCACAGUGGUUUUGGCCUUCAUGGCAACAAAACCAGAGUCCAGGAUGAGGAAAUGGGUGGGGAAAGGACUAGGCCAUUCCAUUCUCCUUUCCUGCUCCAUAGUCCAAGUAGGAAUAUGUACUGUGUGGCUGGCAACCUCUCCCCCAUACCCAGAUGUGGACAUGCACUCAAUGACUGAAGAAAUUAUACUAGAAUGUAAUGAAGGGUCUGUGACCAUGUUUUACUGUGUCCUCAUCUACAUGAGUUGCCUGGCAACUGUCAGUUUUGCUGUGGCUUUCCUCGCCAGGAAGUUACCAGACAGUUUCAAUGAAGCCAAGUUUAUCACUUUCAGCAUGUUGGUCUUCUGCAGUGUUUGGCUGUCCUUUAUUCCCUCCUACCUGAGCACCAAGGGAAAAUAUAUGGUGGCAGUGGAGAUCUUUUCUAUCUUAGCCUCCGGUAUUGGGCUGCUGGGCUGCAUCUUUUCCCCCAAAUGUUACAUAAUCAUUCUGAGGCCUGAGCUGAACAACAGGGAACAGCUAAUAAGGAAGAAACAUUAAAGACUUAAGAAACCUG